AUGAGUAUUCUUUCAACCCUCACCCUACUACUCUCGAUAUUCGCCAAUCGUGCUUUAUGUGAUACCACAUUCCGGCGCCCCCCAGAAUGGAACUUCGAUGUCGAUGGUAAUGCUGGCUUCGGAAAGAAUGUACGGUACACGGUUGGAGACGCGAUUCAGAUCCUUUGGGAGACCGAUCUCGACAAAGUUGACCUUUACUUGGCCCAACGAAUGGCAUCAAAUCCAAUAUACGUGUACAAAGUCUUAGACUCAUCUCGUACAGAGUGGAAGGCUGAGUGGGACGUAAUGGGCAUAAUGGAGGGAAAUGAAGACUCUGUGUACCACUUUGUCUUGUCUCCUCCUCAAGGCGGUCUUAUUGAGCCCAUUGCUACGACGCAAUACUUUAAUGUCACGGCUCCGAGAAUUGAGACCACGGUUGUAUCCACGUUAGAGACUUCUACCACGGUAAGGAGCAUGUCUUCUUCGCAUGUUGCAACGUCCGCUACGCAGCCCCUCCCAACAUCUACGGCCACAGAUCGAAACUUGAACCCAGACGCUGAUCUAAAUUCCGACUCUGGGGUGUCCAAGGGCGAAAUCGCGGGUGCCGCGGUUGGGGGUACCAUCGGCGGUCUAAUACUUCUUGGUGUUGUCGGAUGGUUCAUCUGGAAAAGAUUGGGACGAAGUAAAGGAAAUACGGACGUGUCAGUGGUUUCUCAGAGCCAACAAGGGCAAGUCAACUAUUCCGAGACAAAGGCUGAGCUACCUGGUGACCCGAUGCUGGAGGUAUAUCCUGCAGGGUAUGCUAGAAGUCCACCGGGGCUGCAUGAAGCGCCCUGAUAGGGGGGGAUUUCAUCAGGAACUCGAGUUAAACAACAAGGCGGGUAAACUUGAUCACACGAUGAUAGCAGAUGGACUUUCGAUUAUUAGAUAACUCUGACACUUACUCAAAAGCCACGCGAAAAGUUGAGUGGUCGUCUUACUUUGGUUAUGUAGUUGGCCAGCCAAUAAGGUUAAACUUCAAGCUGAACACAGAUGACGAAUGAAGAUGCGCUGAUAUAAGCUUCAACUCGGAAGCCAUGGGAUACUGACCAAUGAACCUUGCUACAUUCUCUCGGCGUUGGAUCUUGUAUAACUCGGAA